GCCAGUGAUUGGCCGGGGGAAUGGUCCUCUCCACCAAUGAAGAGGUGCGGCAGGAUGAAGGGCGAAGUCUGGCAGCUGCAGUUCUGUCACGGGGAGUAGAGGCACCGGGAACCAUGGCGGCGGUAGUGGCGGCGGCGGCUGUGCGGGCUCGGAUCCUGCAGGUUUCUUCCAAGGUGAACUCCACUUGGUAUUCAGCAUCCUCCUUCUCUUCUUCAGCGCCAACUGUAAAGCUCUUCAUUGAUGGGAAAUUUGUUGAAUCCAAAAGUGACAAAUGGAUCGACAUCCACAACCCAGCCACCAAUGAGGUCAUUGGUCGGGUCCCUCAGGCCACCAAGGCUGAAAUGGAUGCAGCUGUUGCCUCCUGCAAACGUUCUUUUCCCGCAUGGGCAGACACUUCAGUAUUAAGCCGUCAGCAGGUUCUGCUUCGCUAUCAACAACUUAUUAAAGAAAACUUGAAAGAAAUUGCCAGGUUAAUCACUCUGGAACAAGGGAAGACCCUAGCUGAUGCUGAAGGAGAUGUGUUUCGAGGCCUUCAGGUGGUUGAGCAUGCCUGUAGUGUGACAUCCCUCCUGCUGGGAGAGACCAUGCCAUCCAUCACCAAAGACAUGGACCUUUAUUCCUACCGUCUGCCUCUGGGGGUGUGUGCAGGCAUUGCUCCAUUCAAUUUUCCUGCCAUGAUCCCCCUUUGGAUGUUUCCCAUGGCCAUGGUGUGUGGAAAUACCUUCCUAAUGAAACCAUCAGAGCGAGUCCCUGGAGCAACUAUGCUUCUUGCUAAGUUGCUCCAGGACUCUGGUGCCCCUGAUGGAACACUGAACAUCAUCCAUGGACAACAUGAAGCUGUGAACUUUAUUUGUGAUCAUCCGGAUAUCAAAGCAAUCAGCUUUGUGGGAUCCAACCAAGCAGGAGAGUACAUCUUCGAGAGAGGGUCAAGACAUGGCAAGAGAGUUCAAGCCAAUAUGGGAGCCAAGAACCAUGGGGUAGUCAUGCCAGAUGCCAAUAAGGAAAAUACACUUAACCAGCUGGUUGGGGCAGCAUUUGGAGCUGCUGGUCAGCGCUGCAUGGCUCUUUCAACAGCGAUCCUUGUCGGAGAAGCUAAGAAGUGGCUGCCAGAGCUGGUGGAGCGUGCCAAAAACCUGAGAGUCAACGCAGGAGACCAGCCUGGAGCUGAUCUUGGCCCUCUGAUCACGCCUCAGGCCAAAGAGCGAGUCUGUAACCUGAUUGAUAGUGGAACAAAGGAGGGAGCCUCCAUUCUUCUUGAUGGUCGAAACAUUAAAGUCAAAGGCUAUGAAAAUGGCAACUUUGUUGGACCAACCAUCAUCUCAAAUGUCAAGCCAAAUAUGACUUGUUACAAAGAGGAGAUUUUUGGUCCAGUUCUUGUGGUUCUGGAGACAGAUACUUUGGAUGAAGCCAUCAAGAUUGUAAAUGAUAACCCAUAUGGAAAUGGAACUGCCAUCUUCACCACCAAUGGAGCCACUGCUAGGAAAUAUUCCCACUUGGUGGAUGUUGGACAGGUGGGUGUGAAUGUCCCCAUUCCAGUGCCUUUACCAAUGUUCUCAUUCACUGGCUCUCGAUCUUCCUUCAGGGGAGACACCAAUUUCUAUGGCAAACAGGGCAUCCAAUUCUACACUCAGCUAAAGACCAUCACUUCUCAGUGGAAAGAAGAAGAUGCUACUCUUUCCUCACCUGCUGUGGUCAUGCCUACCAUGGGCCGUUAGAAUGAGUUGUUCCAGACUCAGUCCAUCCUGAGUCCUCUCCCUUUAUUCUUGACUACCUUCAUUUGCCAACUUUGCUCAGAUCAGGUCCCUGAGAAUGGAAUACCUUGUAACUAAAAUCUUUCUCAGAACCAUUAGCCUCUGCACAGUUGCUAUAAGGAGACUCCUGGUGUAAAUCUGAAGCCAGAUUUUUACUUUUCAUACUUCUUUUUUUUAGGUAACUGUUGUUAACUGUGAAAUGUUUAUCUGGAACGAAAGCUUAGAGCUGUUUUCUAAAAAUUCUCAUGACUUGAAGGGAAGAUUAGUGUUUGUAAAGAAGAUCUUCCAUAAUUCACCCUUUGGUUGACCUUCAAACACAGCCCUACAUAAUUGCCAGUGGGGGAUACCCCACUGCCAGGCUUUCCUGAGCCUCUCAUCCCAUACUACACAAGAUAUAGUCCAUUUCUACUUAUCCCACAGUUGUGACAACUGUUGGAUUCUUUUUGCUGAAUGCCACUUUGUCCUAGUGAUUCAUGACCACUAAAUUCUGUCAUCACCUCUGUCCUGCUUCUUCAAAUAAUUUCUCAAGGAUACCUCAGUAUGCAUUGGAUAAAUCGCCAUUUUGUUGUGUGUGCCAAAUGUUAAAUUUUAGAGUUUGCUUCAACAAUCAUUAAUUAACAAUUCAGUUAUUAACUCAAAUGCCAAUAGGUUUUUUUGUCUGUUUGUUUCUAGGCCCUGAUAUCAAGGGGAGUUUGCCUUAAGCAAGUCUAGCCUGAUUAUAUUUUUUAAUAAAACAACCCUUAAUAUAGAAUAACUGACUAGGGUCUAAGACAUUUUAAAGCUUUUCAUGACAUAAAGUAGUAAUAAAGAAAUGCUUUGCCCUGCCUGAUGUGGCUCAGUUUGUUGGAGCAUCAUCCUGUGCACCAAAAGGUGGUUGGUUUGAUUCCUGGUCAGGGCACAUAUCCAGAUUGUGGGUUUGAUUGCUGGUUGGCAUGUGUACAGGAGGUAGCCAAACAAUGUUUCUUUCUCUCUUUUUCUUCCUUCUCUCU